AUGGACCCCUACGAUACGCUGGGUGUGGACUCGAGUGCGACGCAAGACGAGAUUCGCAGGGCGUAUCGCCGUCUCGCACUACAGCACCACCCCGACAAAGUCAGUGAUGAGUCCCUGCGAGAGAAGAGUGAGAUCAGAUUCAAAGAAAUUGCAGCCGCGUAUGAGCUGCUGAGUGACGAGCAACGGCGCCGCAAUUACGAUCUGUACGGUCAGACUGAUGGAGAGCCCGGCAUGUCGUUUGGCGAGGACGAUUUCGCCAGUUUCUUUCAGCAGUUCAACCAAAACGGGUACGAUGAACCCGCCGCGGGCACUCAAAGGGCGACACGAACGCCCGACGUGCAUGUAACCCUCAAGCUUACUAUGCAAGAGCUUUUCAACGGGCGCACUAUCCGAUUCCAGGCAAAACGCGAUGUCGUGUGUCCGAAAUGUCACGGUGAAGGGUGCCGCAAGAAGGCGGCUCGCAACUUGCCCGCUUGCGAGAGCUGCGGCGGUCAGGGCGUGCGUCAGAACUUGCGGAGAGUCGGACCGGGCUUUGUGACCCGUGAAACUGUCAAGUGUGAACGUUGUCGUGGUACGGGCCGCGUUAUCAAGCCCGAAGACCGAUGCCGGAAAUGCCACGGAAAUCGCACCGUCAGCGAGACAAAGCCUCUCUCCGUUUACGUGCCUCGAGGGUCUCGCCAUGGCGACAAAAUUGUGCUAGAUGAACAGGCCGACGAAGAACCUGGAAAGUCUGUUGGAAAUCUCGUUUUCGACAUCGAAGAAGAUGCGUCGAGCAGCAAUCUAGAGCGCCGCGGCGAUGAUCUGUACACAGAGCUAACGGUAUCACUAGCAGAGGCUCUGGGUGGGUUUGAGCGCGACGUGUGCAAGACGUUAGAUGAUCGUGCCCUCAGACUAUCUGUUCCUGCAGGUCGCGUCAUAAGGCCCGGGAAUUAUGUUAGAUUUCCAAAAGAAGGAUGGCCUCUCGACGAUAACGGACGCAAAUUUGGCGAUCUUUACGUUCAGAUGCACAUUCAAUUCCCACCAGAUUUUUGGUUUACCGAACGCGCCGAUGUACAAACGUUGCAAAACAUUUUACCUCAAGUGGCUAAACCAUCAUUUGACGCAGACCAAUCUAACACUGAGACAGUUCAAAAAUUUGAUGUCAUUGAAUCAGCAAAUGACCUACCCCAUUAUCUCAACGAAGAAAACGAUGCACAGGGUCCUCAAUGUGCGCAACAGUAA